AAGAGCGUUUCCGACGUGAACGCCGCCGCUCUGAAGCUCGCCGAGUGCGGCUCUCCACCCGCGCGUUCACGAUACCGGCAUACACUGACUGCAUGAUGGCCGAGGGAGGCGGACCCGAGUCGGGUGGCGCGGCAGACUCAGACGCGGAGCCGGUAGCCGCACAGAUGCCAACCCCUUCGACCGAGAGUCAAAAACAGACUGUUGGAUCUCUUUUGAAAACUAAUCUAAGGAAAGGCGACGAAUGGUAUCUAAUAGACAGCAGGUGGUUCAAACAAUGGAAGAAGUAUGUGGGAUUUGACAGCUGGGACAUGUACAAUGUAGGAGAAAGAAGCCUCUAUCCAGGACCAAUUGACAACUCUGGGCUGUUUUCAGACCAGGAAACUCAGACCCUGAAAGAGCACCUUAUAGAUGAGCUCGAUUAUGUCCUUGUACCCACCGAGGCAUGGAAUAAGCUUGUCAGCUGGUACGGCUGCCUUGAGGGUCAGAGACCAAUUGCCAGGAAGGUGGUUGAACAUGGUAUGUUUGUGAAGCACUGUAAAGUGGAGGUCUAUCUGCUGGAGCUGAAUCUGUGUGAGAAUGACAACAUGGACAAUGUUGUCACACGCCAUUUUAGUAAGGCUGAUACUAUAGACAUAAUAGAGAAGGAGAUGAGAAUGCUGUUCAAUAUCCCAUCAGAGAAGGAGACACGGCUCUGGAACAAAUACAUGAGCAACACCUAUGAGCAGCUGAACAAGCCUGACAGCACUGUGCAGGAUGCUGGUCUGUUCCAGGGGCAGGUGCUUGUGAUAGAGCGAAAGAACGAGGAUGGCACGUGGCCCAGACAAGCGUCUCAUCCCAAAUCAAGUACAACCCCAUCCAGGAAUUUCACUACCUCCCCCAAACCCUCCUCUUACUCAUCAGCCAGUAUCUCCUCAACAUUAGCCAACGGAGACAGCAGCUGUAGCCCUGGAUAUACACUCAAUAACAGCACGUCCUCCGGGAACAGAUUGGGGGGCUACAACUCGUAUAGCUCCUCCUACAACUACAGGGAGUCCCAGUCGCAGCCUGGCCUUUGUGGUCUCAGUAAUUUGGGCAACACGUGCUUCAUGAACUCUGCCCUCCAGUGCCUGAGCAACGCAUCACCACUCACAGAGUACUUCCUCAAUGACCAGUAUGAGGCCGAGAUUAACCGCGAUAACCCAUUGGGAAUGAGAGGCGAGAUAGCCGAAGCCUAUGCUGAUCUAGUGAAGCAGAUGUGGAUGAGCCGUAGCAGCUAUGUGGCCCCACGCACCUUUAAAACCCAGGUCGGACGCUUUGCCCCCCAGUUUUCAGGCUACCAGCAGCAGGACUCGCAGGAGCUGUUGGCCUUCCUGCUGGACGGACUACAUGAAGAUCUAAACCGUGUCAAGAAGAAGCCUUAUCUGGCCCUGAGGGAUGCAGAGGGCCGUCCAGAUGAGAUUGUUGCUAAGGAAGCCUGGACAAACCACCGUUUGCGCAAUGACUCCAUUAUAGUAGAUAUUUUCCAUGGCCUCUUCAAAUCCACGUUGGUUUGCCCAGAGUGCGCCAAGGUGUCCGUCACCUUUGACCCAUUCUGCUACCUCACACUACCUCUGCCCAUGAAGAAGGACCGCACCAUGGAGGUUUUCCUGGUGCGAUCAGACCCUCAGUCGAGACCCACGCAGCAUCGAGUGAUCGUCCCCAAACUGGGUAACGUGACAGACCUGUGCAAUGCUAUGUCCAAGCUCUGUGGUAUCCCUUCAGAAAAUAUGGUGGUGACGGAUGUUUACAAUCACAGGUUCCAUAAAGUUUAUCGACGGGACGAGAACCUCAACCAAAUCAUGGAGAAGGACGACAUCUUCAUGUAUGAGGUACAGGAGGAGAACAGCGAGAGGAUGAACCUGCCUGUGUACUUCAGGGAGCGCCAUUCGAAACACGCCGCAAACUCCACGAGCACCAUGCUGUUCGGCCAGCCUUUGCUCAUCACUGUGCCCAGGCACAACCUCGUAGCAGAUGUUCUGUAUGAAAAGAUCCUGGAGAGAAUUGGGCGUUAUGUUAAACUACCCCAGAGCCCCGGCACUGAAAGCAGGGCCUCGGCCUCCGUUGCCAGCUGCAGCCAGGCACCAGAAUGUUCCACAUCUACAAGUGUCAAUGCCGGCCUGAGUGGCUGUGGCAGCCCCCUGUCCGAUGGAGCCUCCUGCAGUGCCAGCUCCAGUAACGGCAGCAACCACUCGGGGACCUGCAAUGAAACUAACGGGACAUACGAUGGUGAUGAGGAGGCCAUGGACCACCAGGUGAGCCCAGAACCGCAGAACGGCCAGUCAGAAGAAGAGGAGGAGGAGACGACGUCUGACUUGGAGAACGGGUCGAAUAAAGUAGAGAGCAAAGCAAAGAAAAGCACCGCGCCGGCCAAGCUCUUCACGUUCAGCAUCGUCAACUCUUACGGAACAGCCAAUAUCAGCCCGCUUCCUUGCGAUGGAAAUGUCCUCAAGCUAAAUCCACAUUCCACAGUGGCCAUCGACUGGGACAACGAGUCAAAGAAGUUGUGCUACGAUGAACAGGAAGCCGAGGCUUAUGAGAAGCACGAGAGCAUGAUCCAGCCUCAGAAAAAGAAAGCCACCGUGGCCCUGAGGGAGUGCAUCGAACUCUUCACCACCAUGGAGACUCUCGGAGAACACGAUCCAUGGUAUUGUCCCACGUGUAAGAAACACCAGCAGGCCACAAAAAAGUUUGACCUGUGGUCGCUGCCUCGCAUUCUGGUCGUUCACUUGAAGCGUUUCUCAUACAAUCGGUGUUGGAGGGACAAGCUGGACACGGUGGUGGACUUUCCCAUAAGAGAUCUGAACAUGUCAGAGUUCGUGUGUGACCCUAAGGCCGGCCCUUACGUAUAUGACCUCAUCGCCGUGUCAAACCACUACGGAGGAAUGGGAGGUGGUCACUACACGGCCUAUGGCAAGAAUAAAAUGGAUGGGAACUGGUUUUACUUUGACGACAGUAGUGUCUCGUCUGCCACAGAGGACCAGAUUGUGACGAAAGCAGCCUACGUGCUGUUCUAUCAGCGCAGAGACGAGGAGUCUCCCUCCAAACCUCAGCCUUCGGCCUCACUGGGUGGAGCGCCCGAAGCAGCUGAAGACCACAUGGACACAAACUGAGGAGCCCUGACGAAAAAAGAAAAAAAAGAAAAAGGGACGCGCACUGAAAUGCAUAGAGCAAACCGAGACACUUGGAUGCACACAAAGCUACUUUAGUGACAGAAGACUCCACAGACUUGACGUUAUUAACCCCCACCUUCCCUGUAUUUUGGUAUUUUGUCUUGUAUGUUGUCAACUAGAGCCAACAGCCUUGUCAGAGACUUCCUUCUUGCAGUGGGGGUGGCCUGCUGAUUUCUGAACAUAGUUUACUAGUCUGGAACUAAAGAGGAAUAUACACGGGAUAAAGAUUGUCUCACUGGAUGAACAGAAUGUUAGGAGUGCCCUCAAAACACAUAGGUAAAUAAUUGUUUCUGUCGCUCCCAAGACUACAGUCAGAAAUAUAAAAUAAGCCAAAUGCA